AUUUAUUGAUUAUUUCACAGGGCAUCAGAUAGUACAAUUUCUGAUGAUUCAACAUAUAACAUUUCUCAUUUGGAAAGUUCAAGAUCACAAGCCCAGUCAUUUGGAGCUUCUCCAUUGCAACUCCCGACUGGCUGGGAGGAAAGGGUGGAUGCAAAUGGAAGAAUAUAUUAUGUUGAUCAUGUUUACAGGAAAACACAAUGGGAAAGACCAACAGUGCAGAACACUAACCAAAACACCUUACAAAGUGCAACUGGAGCAAGGCCUAAAACAACAGGUAUCAGUCAACAUCAAGCUAAUGAUCAAGCAGAAGCUAUAAAUCGUAUGCAGCGGUUACGUGUUGAUCUUCCUGCUGAAAAUGUUGGAGAGCAGAACCAAGGUGAACAGUACCGGCCAGACAGUUUAAUGGUUGGAAAGCAUAAUGAGAAUAGUUAUCAUUCAGCGCAGUUCCAAACUCAGCAAAGUUAUAAUCCUUCAUUGGCUGCUAUGCAAGGAGAGCUUGGAAAGACACAUGUACAAGGUGAGCUUUAUAGUAAUGAGUAUGGCCCUGAUCUUUCUGGGAGAAGUCACUUUAGUGAGAACAGUACAGAUGGACAGUCAGGGAAUACAGAUGAUGAUGAACCAGAUGCAGCUCGUAGGCGUUCUCUGGAAAGAGAAUAUAAUCAAAAUCUUCCACCCCAAACACUUACUGUGACAAGGACUGUGGGUAACUCUAGCAGAACACAGGCAGCAGGUGCAAGUAAAUCAGAUACUACACAAGCUAAAGUUGGUGGUAAUGUAACUGUUGAACCAGGUGGACCAGAUGAAAAAGUAGACAGCAGCAUUGAUAAUAUAAUAAAUGAACUGGGAAAAAUAAAAGCUGCUGUAAAAAAAAAUGAUGGAGAUAAUGUUGUACUCCCAAACCCAAAUAGUAUAUAUAACCCAGAAAGUGUAAAACAAAAUCCUGUAAUUCAAAAGGAUCCAGAUGUUGUUGAUGGUAACACAAAAGAAAGAGAUGAAAGACUAAAAGAUAUUUUUGAUUCAGAGCAGGACAUGAAAGGGAGACUUAAAGUUUUAAACGAGCAAAAUCUAAAAGAUUUACUGAGCAGUUGUGGCAAUGAACCUGAACACAAGGGAGGAUAUGGGGAUAUAUUUGUGUCCAAAGGAAAAAUCCCUGGUAUAGACAUGCAUCUGGUGGUGAAAAGAGUGAAGUUUGGUGAGGAAGCAGCAGAGUUGAAGCUGAGGUCCCUUACAAAUGAAAAACUGUGUGCCAGAGCAAUGCAUUUUGCAAUUGUCCCCUUGCUUGCGAUACGAGAAGAGCCUGGAAAUAGGGCAUUUUAUUUUGUUUCCCCAUACAUGGAAAAGGGGAACCUCAAUCAUGCAAUUGAAGUGGACAAUAAUGAGAUCAGAGAAGGCAGACCGCCUGUGUUAAGCGUUAGCCACAGACUCCGUAUAAUGUUUCAGAUAGCAUCUGCCAUAGAUUUUCUGCAUACCCCAGUUCCAGAUAUAAGAGGAUUGAUACUACACAUGGAUAUUAAAUCAUUAAAUAUUGUCCUGGACCAAUAUCUUAAUGCACGGUUGAUUGAUUUUGGUCUUGCACGCGAGAUGAAACAUGGUCAUGACCACACAGAGACUACAAGUAUACAGUAUCCUUCAACCCCAGGAUAUGGUAAAGAGACCCAACAACAGGUUCUGGCGAAACAUGAUGAUUACCGUUAUUUUGGUGUUGUAAUGCGUGAGCUUUUAACUGGAAGAAAACCAUCAGUGGAAGGAGUUCCUGAAGAUAAACUGAUGCAUCAGUCUGUGAAGAUGAUUAAAAAAAACAAGUUAAUGGAUAUGUGGAAGAAUUUAAAAGUGGAGCCACCUGUGACAAACCCCCUUGUGGAUCUUACAGAAAAAUGUAUUAAAGAUAAGCUAAUGAAGUCAGAAACAAUAGUAACUGAAUUAAAGAAUCAUCUCAAUCACACAAAUACAAAAAGAUGGGAGACUAGUAGUGUAGUAAAUGAUCAGUCCAAAAAAUGUGACAUGUGUUUGGAAUAUAAAGGAGUGGAAGAGCCGGUUUUAAUUCACAAUGGUUGUGAACACCCCAUGAAAGUAUGUGUGUCAUGUAUGAGGAACUCUUACUGCAACCCAGUGGUGUGUCAUUCUUGUGAUACAGUUUUGAAUCCAACUAUAG